AUGGCGUUGAAGAAUAUAAAAAAACAGCAGAUUCAGUUCACUCAGUACAUUUCCGAUCCCGAUCAAAGUAUCAGAGACUUGAUACGUCCGGAGAAGAAAUAUGAAAAGAACCCGAAUCCGAAGGGGUCAGUCGAUGAGGUAGCGUCUAGCAGUCGAACUGCAAUUAGUCCAGCUAUGGGUAUGAUGCCGAACCAGCAGCAUCUUCAUAAACGACAAGUCAGUGCGCCGGAACUUCAUCCUGACUAUAAUCCAGAACGAAUUUCCAUCGCUCCUCCACACCAUCCACAAAAUGUUGCUCAUCAACACUCAAAGAGUGUAUCUGCUCUGCCGCCAAUGAAUAUUGGUUUCCCGGUAGAGCCGCAGCACGUCAAGUCAGUAUCACAUGAAGCGUAUUCAUAUGGAGGAUUUUCAAAUGACCAACACAAUCAUCAAGGCAUGAUGAACCAGCAAAAUCGGGAGAAGAGCUCCUCAUUGGACCCAAUGAGGAGGCCUUUCAUGACUCCACAAGACGUUGAACAACUUCCGAUGCCGCAUGGAUGGGAAAUUUGUUACGAUAGUGAAGGGCAUCGAUACUAUAAAGAUCAUAACUCGAAAACGACGACGUGGAAUGACCCAAGGCUUAUUCCUCGAGAACAAGCUCCAUUCGGAGUCGAAGAUAUGGGUCAAAACUACAACAGCUUCUACGAUCAUGGAAACCCCUCUCGCUCGUUGCCCUCAAUCAAUCAGCACCCACAGAUGAUGUCCAAUCAUCCACCCCAAUCGCAAUACUCUUCUCAGCAACAAAUGGACUACAUUCAGCAGUUGCAACACGAACGAAUGCUGAUCCAAGAGAAAAAUGCGCAGCUGAUGAAUUCGGGGCUUCUGGAUAGUCCGCAACCACAAUUCCAGGCUAUUUCACCGAUGGGAUCAAAUAUGAUGCACCAACAUGAACCUCAACAGCAACCGAGUUUUAUGUAUCAGCAACAAGCUCAGACAAGUCAGCAGCAACAGCAGCAGCAAUCACAAAACGGGAUGAAUCAGAUGUCAAAUCAGUAUCAGAAUAGCCAAAUCAACGACAACGCAAUGGAAGUUGACUAUUCAAUGCCGACACAACAGCCACAACCGCAACAACAGCACCAGCCUCAACAGCAUCAACAGCAACAUCAACCCCAGAUGCAUCGCAAUAUGCAGAACAAUUAUGGUCUUGACGACAUCAAUCCACACGAAUUCGACCAGUAUCUUCAAAUCAGCAACGACUCGAAUCGUGGUGUCGGCUCCAUGGUGCAUCACUAUCAAUGA